AUGAACGACACACGCGAGCUAAUGCACUGGCAUGCGGGCAAUGGAAAGACACUGCGCGAGCUAGAACGCCACCUUGGAAAAGAUGGAAACUUUGAGAAGAACUGUGGCGAGGGCCUACGUCUCGCACUUGAACGGCAUUAUCGAUGGGCUAAUGACUUGCCCGAAGAGCUCAAGAGAUUAACCUCAUGGCGCGACGAAGCUGGUCCGCAACUUCUUCCUCUCUCUCUCGUCCCAUUACUACAGAAGCUGACCAAAGUAUGCUAG